UGAGAAAAUAAAAUAGUAGCUUUACAUGAGUUUUACCAUUUCCUGUUUCUCGGGCGUAGAAUACAAAACACGUAUAACUUAGAAAUGGGAGAUAUUCUCAAAUCGCUGAAGGAAAAGUCACUGACUCGAAAGCGCCUUCUUGCACAAGCUCUUGGAGUGGAAUCACCCAGUGCACUGAAGACAGUAUUGAAGUCAGGCACAGAAGGAAGCAAAGAUGUGGCCAGUUCAGGAACAUCAGGAGAGGAUUGCUCACCCACAAGGAAAGCACGUCAAAGUAAAGCUAAUGAUGUUGAACAAGCAGGAAAUGAAGAAAAAGAUAAGAGCAAUGAGGAAGAAGAAAAUGAUUUUGGAAAAGAAGAAGUUUACACAGAUUCCAGUACUUUUCUUAAAGGGACACAAAGUGCAAACCCCCACAAUGACUACUGUCAACAUUUUGUUGACUCUGGUGAACGACCUCAAAACUUCAUACGGGAUGGAGGAUUGGCCAAUAGGUUUGAAGAAUAUCCCAAGCAGCGGGAACUAAUUCGCUUGAAGGAUGAACUGAUCACAAGUACUAAUGCACCUCCCAUGUAUCUGACAUGUGACCUUGAAACAUUUGACCUGCGUGACUUGCAUGGUAAAUUUGACGUCAUUUUGAUGGAACCACCUUUAGAGGAAUACCAACGCACCCAAGGAGCAGUGUUUGACAAAUACUGGAACUGGGAUGAGAUCGAAAGCCUGGACAUUCCAGCUGUGGCAGCACAGCGUUCUUUUUUGUGGAUCUGGUGUGGAAACGCUGAAGGUUUGGAGCGCGGCAGACAGUGCUUGAAGCGGUGGGGCUUCCGACGCUGCGAGGAUAUAUGCUGGAUCAAGACAAAUAUCAAAUCACGUCAGCAUAAAAAUUUGGAACCUAAUGCUAUUUUUCAGAGAACGAAGGAGCACUGCCUCAUGGGAAUAAAAGGAACAGUGAAGCGCAGCACUGAUGGGGAUUUCAUACAUGCUAAUGUUGACAUUGAUCUCAUAAUCGAAGAGGAGCCAGAAUUUGGAUCCAAGGAUAAACCUGUUGAAAUCUUCCACAUUAUUGAACACUUCUGCUUAGGACGCAGGCGAUUGCAUCUCUUUGGUCGCGACUCUACCAUUCGACCUGGCUGGCUAACCCUUGGACCAGGAUUGACAUCCAGCAACUUUGAUCCAGAUGUGUACGCUUCCUACUUCGCAUCUCCAGAGGGCAUGGUUACUGGAUGUACAGAGGAGAUUGAACGUCUGCGUCCGAAGUCACCCACACCCAAGAACAAAAGUGGAGGAGUUGGGGGUGAUAGGGAAGGAAGAGGUAGAGGAAGAAGUAGGGGUGGGGGACCUAGAGGUGGAUCACGUGGAGGUCAUAUGCCCGGAGCCAUGGCACCAAUAAGGUAUGGACAGGGAAGGGGCUUUGGCAAGAGAUGAGUACCUGUGCUGGCAAGAAAGGAGACCAAGCUUGUUGAGAAGAGACUGCAGACAACAGGACAUUGAAGAAUUAUUACAAUGAUGCUCAAAUAUAAGGCUACGAAAAGACUGGUGAUUAUGGUGCAUUGCAGAUGCCUGCAUUCCCAAAUCAUGGACAGUACCAGUGGUGCCAAGAAACUCAAUAGUACAAGAAUGUUUAUGGACCAAAAAAAAAAAAAAGGGGGGAAAAAUUAGCCUGAAAAAAAAGGGCAUAUGUGGUGUGGCAGUCAGAAAUUACUGAUGCUGUACAUGGUAAACAUUUUUGUAAUCAAUGCAGUCAUAAACUGAUGAAUCUUUG